AUGUUCUCCAAACGAGCACCAGAAACCCCUACACCUGGCAGGUAUCGCGCCGCAAAGGCCUCAGCUUUCACACUACAAUCUCGCAAAGCUACUCGCCCCAGACCCAACCGAGGUCUAAAGGAUCAAGAUCGAGACAGCUCAGGCUCUGGGUCAGGCUCUCUUCGCAGUAAACCUCAACGACAAGAGCAGCGUCGCGAAUUCGACAAACCCCCAGACGUAACCUCCCCCUCAAGCAGCCCAAUAGUAAUGCUGCGCGUGGGCCCAGAAAAGCGCCUCUUCGCCGCCCACGAAGCAAUCCUCCGCCUAUCCCCCUUCUUCGCAACCCACUGCGCAACCCAAACACCCAGCCCGACAGCCCCACGCCCAAGACUACCCCUCCAACCACCGGGAAAGCACAUCGACCUCCCAGACGAACAACCCGAGGUCCUCUCCUGCGUCCUCGAGUACCUCUACAAAGGCGACUACUACCCCCGACUACGCCACAACAGCCGGAAGAAGACCUGGGAGCUCGAAGACGCGGGCACGAAUGCUGGCGUCAGCGCAGGAGAACUGGGACAGGCGACGGCGACGGUAUUUCAUCAUCGGGCUGGAGGUGUGAUAUUGCGAGAUACGGCUAUUUACUGCGCAGCACAACAAUACAACCUCCCACACCUACAACGCAUUGCGCUGCGCAAGCAGGGUCUGCACACGGGGAUCCAGUGCAGUACUAUUCUUGCGAGUGCGCGGUUUGCGUAUGCCAAUACGCCUGAUACGGAGUCGAAGCUGCGGGCGCAUUAUCUUGCGCUGAUUGUGCGGUCGAGGGGGACUUUUAUGAGGAGUGGGACUAUGCAGGCGGAGAUGGAGCGUGGGGGGAAGAUGUUUUUUGAUCUUUUUGUUGCUUUGUGUAAUCAUAUGGAUGAUUAUGUUCCUGGGGAGUCGGCGAGUUCGGCUGCGACGACUCAUUGUUAA